CAGCAGUCCGGGCCAGUGUUUGGAGGAGAAGUAAAGUUUGUCCGUGUUGAUGAGACGCGGAGUGAGCACAGCGAGGAACAGCGCGCUAAAUGUCUUCUGGGAUCAUUUCUCAUUAAUAACUACUGGAUAUACAUAUAUAUCACCAUCUGCAACAAAGGAGGGAUCCAUGAGCCAAGGGGGGCCAUUAUUCUCUCACACAUAAGGUGCAGCUCUGCCUGAGAUGGCCACCUCACUGCGCUGCCACAGGACGCUCCUAUUGGCCGUGGCCUUCUGUUUCCUGCCUUGCAUCACUUCCUCCCUCAACCUGGAGGAUCCCAAUGUCUGCAGCCACUGGGAGAGUUAUUCGGUGACAGUGCAGGAGUCCUACGCUCAUCCCUUUGAUCAGAUUUAUUACACCAGCUGCACCGACAUCCUCAACUGGUUUAAGUGCACCAGACACAGGGUGAGCUAUCGGACAGCCUAUCGAAGAGGAGAGAAGACCAUGUACCGGAGAAAGUCCCAGUGCUGCCCAGGCUUCUACGAGAAUGGAGAGAUCUGUUCUCCUUAUUGUGCAGAGAGCUGUGUUCACGGCCGCUGCAUGGCCCCCAACACCUGCCAGUGUGAGCCGGGCUGGGGGGGCUCCAACUGCUCCAGUGCUUGUGACAGUAGCCACUGGGGUCCCCACUGUAGUAACAGAUGUCAGUGCCAGAACGGCGCUCUGUGUAACCCCAUCACCGGAGCCUGCAUCUGCACUCCUGGGUAUAGAGGAUGGCGCUGCGAGGCCCAGUGUGAAGUGGGCACCUAUGGAAACGGAUGCCAGCAGAAAUGCCAAUGCCAGAAUGGAGCCGCCUGUCACCAUGUGACCGGAGAAUGCAAGUGCUCACCAGGAUACACUGGAGCUUUCUGUGAAGCCCUGUGUCCUCCCGGUAAACAUGGACAGCAGUGUGAGGAGAGAUGUCCGUGUCAGAACGGAGGAGUGUGUCACCAUGUGACUGGAGAGUGCUCCUGUCCUGCAGGAUGGAUGGGUACAGUGUGUGGACAGCCAUGUCCAGAGGGGAGAUUUGGACAAAACUGUUCCCAGGAAUGUCAGUGUCACAACAACGGCUUCUGUGUGUUGUCCACUGGACAGUGUCUCUGCAGCCCUGGAUACACGGGAGAACGGUGCCAGGACGAGUGUCCAGUUGGAACUUACGGCGCUGGCUGUGCAAAGACAUGUCGCUGUAAGAACAAGGGCAAGUGCUACCACACCAACGGGCUGUGUCUGUGUGAGCCGGGAUACACGGGGGAGAUAUGUGAUGUCCGACUGUGUCCUGAAGGACACUACGGCCUCCGCUGUGACAGGAUGUGUCCGUGCUCCGCCCAGAACACACGCAGCUGCCACCCAAUGUCAGGGGAGUGCACGUGUCAGCCGGGUUGGUCCGGCCUCUACUGCAACGAGACGUGUACUCCGGGAUUUUAUGGCGAGUCCUGCCAGCAGGUGUGCCAGUGCCAGAACGGUGCUGACUGCCACAGUGUGAGCGGAGAGUGUAUCUGCGCUCCAGGGUUCACGGGUCCGAACUGUUCAGUCCCCUGCCCAGCUGGGACGCAUGGAGCACACUGCUCCUCUAGCUGCACCUGCAAGAACAGAGCACAGUGCUCACCUGUGGACGGAUCCUGCUCCUGUAAACCAGGGUGGCACGGAGUGGACUGCUCCAUCAACUGCCCCAGCGGGACCUGGGGUCUGGGCUGCAACCUCACCUGUCUGUGUGGGAACGGAGGGGCGUGCAACGCCCUGGACGGUCUCUGCACCUGUGCCCCGGGCUGGAGGGGAGAGCGCUGUGAACUCCACUGCCAGGACGGUUCCUAUGGGCUGGACUGUAGAGAACGCUGCGACUGCAGCCACGCUGAUGGAUGUCACCACUCCACUGGGCACUGCCGCUGUCUGGCCGGAUGGACGGGUAUCCACUGUGACAGUGUGUGUGCCGAGGGCCGCUGGGGCCCAAACUGCUCCCUCCCCUGUAACUGUAAGAACGGAGCGUCGUGCUCUCCGGAUGAGGGGACCUGCGAGUGUGCUCCGGGAUACCGAGGCACCACCUGUCAGAGGAUCUGCUCUCCAGGUUACUUUGGUCACCGCUGCAGUCAAACCUGUCCCCAGUGCGUCCAUAGCAACGGGCCGUGUCACCACGUCACGGGACAGUGUGACUGUCUGCCGGGCUUCAAGGGGGCACUGUGCAACGAGGUGUGUCCCAGCGGUCACUUUGGGAAGAACUGUGCGUGGAGCUGCAGCUGCACCAACAACGGCACCUGUAACCCCAUCGACGGCUCCUGCCAGUGUUAUCCAGGAUGGAUUGGCAGCGACUGCUCCCAGCCAUGUCCGCCGGGUCAGUGGGGACCCAACUGCAUCCACACAUGUAACUGUCACAACGGAGCCUACUGCAGCGCUUAUGAUGGAGAAUGCAAGUGCACCCCCGGAUGGACCGGCCUCUACUGCACACAGCGAUGUCCGUUAGGUUUCUAUGGGAAGGACUGUUCUCAGACCUGCCAGUGUAGGAAUGGAGCCGACUGUGAUCACAUCUCUGGACAGUGCACCUGCCGCACCGGCUUCAUGGGACGCCACUGUGAACAAAAGUGUCCACCUGGUUCCUAUGGUUACGGCUGCCGCCAGGUCUGUGACUGUCUAAAUAACUCCACGUGUGAUCACAUGACUGGUACAUGUUACUGCAGCCCGGGCUGGAAGGGAGCUCGCUGUGACCAAGCUGGUGUGGUGGUGGGCAGCCUCAACAGUUUGACCAGCGCAGCCAUGCACGUGGACACGUACCAGAUUGGAGCCAUCGCGGGGAUCAUCGUCCUGGUGCUGCUGGUGCUCUUCCUCCUGCUCCUCUUCAUCGUCUACAGGAAGAAACAGAAGGGCAAGGAGCCGAGCAUGCCCGCUGUGAGCUACACUCCGGCUCUGAGGGUCCCGGCUGAUUACAGCAUCGCAGAUGCUCCCGCUCCGGCAUGUGAGGCCCACCCCAGCAACUACUUCUCCAACCCCAGCUACCAUACUCUGACCCAGUGCAUCGGGCCCCCGCAUGUUAACAAUGGCCCAUAUGGAAAGGCCAAGAGCAGCCAGCUGUUUGUGAACUUGAAGAAUGUAGAUCAGAGAAAGAGGGCGACUCUAGCUGAGCACACUGGCACACUGCCGGCAGACUGGAAACAAGAAGACUGCUUCAAUGAACUGGGAGCCUAUGGAGUUGACAGGAGAUACAUGGGGAGAUCGCUACGAGAUCUGAAGGGCACGCUCUAUCACGCCAGCUCCUGUUCCCUUGAAAGCUCUGAAAACCCAUACGCCACGAUAAAGGACCCUCCCCUGCUGACAGCCAAAAACACAGAGUGUGGCUAUGUGGAAAUGAAGUCACCGGCCAGACGGGAUUCACCUUACGCCGAGAUCAGCAACAACAGCCCGACCAAUAACCGGAAUGUGUACGAAGUUGAGCCGACUGUGAAUGCCAUCCAGCUGACUGGAGACGGCAACGGCCAGUUUGGUCAAGAUCCGUACGAUCUACCGAAGAACAGCCACAUCCCCUGUCACUACGACCUCCUGCCAGCCAGAGAGAGUCCCUCCCCACAGGACAAGGAGCUGGACAGUGAAUGAUGGCACAGAGACUCAGCACAGAGACCAGCUCUCACCUCCAGUCUGCAGCUCCGGCACUGGCUGUUCCACCAACAGGCACACUAUAUACCCACAACAUGCUUUCACUUGUUUUCUCGCUGUUAUACGACCGCAAUUAUGUACCAUGACUUAUUUCUGAACAAAGUGGGUAUACAAGAGUUUGAAGGUUAAUUUGGAGGUAUAGCUGUUAUUUUUUUACAGCAAUUUGUAAACUGCUACUUCGUAGGUCAUUCCACAUGUCUGGGAGCUACGGCCUGAGUAUGCUUUGAACAAAGCAGAUCGUAUGAUGUGUUGUCUGACCACUGCUAACAGCAACUCUUCCAAAUGGCCACACUCAGUGGUGGGUUAAAAAAAGCCUGCUGUCACAGUCUCUGUCCGACUGCCUCUCUGAUCUCUCUCCAACAACUCUGUCUUUUGCGUGUCUCGCAGCCUCGAAACGACAGAUCCUACUAAUGGUGAUGACACACAGAUGGUGGUGAAGCAUUUGUGGUGUUGCACUUGGUAGUAUAUAUGAAUGAAAAGUGUCCUUUCCAUACCUCCGCACACCUCGCACCGCAAAAGUGGAAGUGAUUGUUGGAUUUUUCGGAAAGUUACUGGUUGCGUCCGAAAUCGCAUACUAAGCACUACAUACUCAAUGGACACACCAAAGCUGUCAUUUUCAACGUCACUUCUUGACGGCCUCCUUGCCGUUGGAGAUGCGUAACCAUGGUAACCCCUGCCGACCUCCGCUCUAGUGGCAUCGCCAGAUAACGCUUAAAUUACUUAAAAAGGAAAGCAACUAGACCAACAGUCGCA